UGGUAAACUCGUAUGUACACUCCAAAUCCUCACUAUGAUAUCCUACUUUGAGGUGCAUUUUGAAUGGCGUCCACUGUAUACGAAUGCUAGUUACAUCAAGCGAAGCUGCAUUGACAUGGGAUCUUCACCGAAACCCUGAGAAAGAUGUUCAUAGUUCGAAAAGGGCAAUCCGUUCGUUUGAGAAAAUGGGUUUAUGCAGAGGAAAACGCGAAGUGCUGAUCGCCAGGAACCGCACGCGACAAUGGGUGUUGGGCUCGGUUUCUAGAACGUGUGAUACUUGUUGGUUUCCAAGGUUUUGGCCUGGACAAGGGCUUGGUCCAGCAAUGGUAACGAAUUCGCCUUGCUCUGUUCGCUUAGUAUCGUUAUCGGAGUGGUUCGGUAAGCUUGCCGAAGAAUCUGUAGGGCGGUGUAGGCCGAGACGAGAUUGUGUACGGAGUAUAUACAGCGUAGGGUCUUGUUUGUUCAUUGUGUCAAAAGGUUUUCAGCAUCGCUCAAGAGGGGUUCUAUCGUCAAAUCUAGCAACAUGUUCCAAUUGAUUUAGGUAUAACUUCGUCAUUAAAAUAGCAACCGUUUGCUCGGGCCGUGACUUGACUGAUACCAUGAGAAAACACUGGGCUUUCGUGAAGCAGGCAUGGCUGUUCCACAAGAAAUAUCCAAUAUUCAAGCCCCUGGAUUCAGUGUAAAAGAUAAAAGAUAUGAAAUAGAAAUAAAUGGCAUAGCUUCAUUAAUUUCACCUUGUACGCGUUUCGCCAAAUAUGCAUAUAUCCAACCCAACGCAGUACCCUGUGCUCCGCGCUAAGUGAUUCCUUGUUCAAAAGUCAUUGCUGUCCUUGAAGAUAUACCGAAGUCAUAUGAGAUAAUUCCCGCUCGCAAAACGCCACAAUCCU